AUGUCUGUCCCAAACAGCGACGAUUUCGACAUGACUCUGGCAAACGAUACAGCGGCUACAACUCCAUCAAACGAUUCUACGUCUGUAACUCCUGGAAACAACGAUGGGGCUACGACUCCAGGAACCGACAAUGCGGCUACGACUCCAACAAACGACAAUGUGGCUACUGCUCCGGCAAAUGCGGGGCCCUACACCUUCCCAGACUAUCCCGACUUCCCCAGAAUUCUGUUUCGUGCGAUGAGUGAGCGGGAAUUCAACCUUUCGGAAGAGAGCCAGCCAGGUCCGCUUGGACUGAGGUAUUUGACGUACGUGUUGGGAGAGGCUUUCGACAUUAUCGCGGUGGAAGGAGACAUGUGGCUGGCGAUCAAUCAAGACGAUGAGAACCGGCGAAUGGGCUGGAUCUGGAACAAGGAUUUCGUUCGCAUGCCUGCGGACUGGAGAAACACCGAGACGGACUGGACUGAUUGA